AUGCUUUGGGGCCACUUGAAAAUCUUUGGCCAGUACGUUAAGAGUUUCCCCCAGGGAGCGUACAUCCAGCCUACCAUCACGCAGCUCAAAAUUGACUACAAUCUCCCCGACAUCUUCUACCUUGACCUCUGGCCACUUGGCCCGCAAUUCAUGAUUCUCGCUGCUCCCGAAGCCUGUGCUAUCCCAACAACCGAGAAUACCUUUGACCAGCACGAGGUGGUGACCGAUUUUUUCAACCGUGGCGUCGGUACUGGUUUUAUCGAAGCGACAAAUGGAGCCCUCUGGAAACAUCUGCACCGAACGCUCGCACCUGGGCUCACUCCAAGUAUUGUAAAGGGAUACUAUCCCACUAUCGUCGAGCAGGCUGUAGCUAUUCGCCGCCGCUUCGGGGGUAUAGCCAAAUCUGGCGAGGUUGCUGAUAUACGUCACGAACUUGGCCACUUUCCGUUCAACGUGAUGGGAAAAGUCCUUUUGGAUGAGACACUCAGCGCACAAAUCUAUAAAGACAUCUGCGCCGCAUUUGAUGCCCAGACUGCCGUCAAUUGUACUGAUAACCCUUUUACGAAGUGGCGGCUUGGCAAGGAUGUGAGGCGUAAGUGGAAACGUAUAGAAACAGCUCUCGAGCCAAAAAUAAGAGCUCGGUUCACUGCCCUUCAACAGCAGGACGUUGCUUCAACCAAGAGUAGUGCCACUAGCUUGCUUGAUAGGAUGAUGCUGUCAGAGGUUCAGAACGGACGUUCUUUGGGGCAGGACCUCAUGCAGCUAAUACUGGACAAUGCAAAGGGCUUAUUACUCGCUGGAUUCGGCACCACCGCGGAUACAUCAACAUACAUAUUGAUGCUUCUUAGUGCAUUCCCAGAAGCACUCCAGAAGCUAAGAGAGGAACACGACCGUGUCUUUGACAAGGACCAUGACAAGUCUGUUCAGAUGCUUCAGGAGCAGCCCGGGCUCAUUAGGAAUCUAGCAUACACUACGGCGGUCAUCAACGAGACCCUGAGGAUGUUCAAUGCUGGCCUCAGUAUUCGUGUAGGGCCAUCUACCAUGCCCACCAUGGAAUAUAAGGGACGGUCAUAUCCCUUGAAGGAUCAGGUCGUCGCCAUUUCCCAGCACGCAAUGCACUGCGAUUCCAAGUACUUCGAUGAACCGAAGCUGUUUAAGCCGGAGCGUUUCUUGUCCGAAGAACCGAGCUUUCCCCGCAACGCGUACCGUCCCUUUGAGAAGGGCUUGCGGUCCUGCCUCGGCCAGCCACUGGCCAUGGACGAGAUGAAGAUUAUGCUUGUCAUGGUGGCGCGCUCGUUUGACUUUGAGCUCAGGGACCACAAUCCCUCGGAUAAACCAAAGUAUUCGUUUACCGACUUGGACACGAAACUAGGCGACCAUGCCAUUCAACAUUGGGCGUAUACGGCGGGGCCGGCUGGCAAAGUCAUGAUGAAGGUGACGGAGAGAUCAGCUGCGAAUUAG